AUUCUUAUUCCUCAUGUAGAGACCGGUUUGCAUAUCAUAUGUGCACAAUCUACAAACUCAGACAUAAUUGACCAAUUUUGAAUAAAAUUUGAGACACGCUGCAAGAACCUAAUUCUAUUUCAGAUCUGCACUUUUCUCCCGAAUUUAGCAAAUAUUUUGACGGUUAUGAGGGUUAUCAGUUGCAUUUCUUGCACAGGUCUAGGUGUUUCUGGUAAAAUUAUUCUUGAACUUACCCAAGAUCUUUAGACUAGGGAAAUUCUUUCGAAUCUCUGUUUAGUGCUUCGAUUUUACCAAUUUUGGGGUCUCCAUAGUUCUCCGGGGUCACGGACAUCUUUCAUAAAGUAUUUUCGACAUUGUCACUACCUUUGGCAAAAUGCUGUGAUUCUGCCACAUUAAUCCUCCAAAUUUUUGUGUAAUGGGUAUUUUCUCUUUAUAUUUCAACAUAAUAGAAUUAAACUAUACACGUCACGACCCAUAAUUUUCACUGAAAUUCGACCUCAUACUCAGUACCUUCGUGACAACGUCGUGUUUGCUUUGUUGUCUUUGUACUCUCCUCUCGUUUUUUAGCUACGGUUCUAGGUCUGUUAAUGAUAUUUACCUGGAGGGGCUUGGUUCUGCCACUUGAUUACACUGGUUUCGGUUAGUUGCGUAGUUAUCUGUGGGUUUAUGCAUCCUGUAAUCUGAGUGCGUUUGUCUGAGGCUGAUAGGGUCUGAAACCAGCAGUCAUCACAUUACUAGGAUUUGCUUAAUUGUAGUGUGCAAAGCAUUAAAAGGGGAACUUUUUCCGGAAGAAGAAAAGGAGAAAGAUAAUCCCAAGCAGUAAUUAAACAAAUUAUUGACAACAACAUGAACAAACAGAAGUGUAAAUACAACAAGUAAACAUGGUAAGGUAUGAGAUUGGAAUAGGCUGGUUUAUUUCUGCCAUCAGCCUAUAACCUGUGGUAGUAAUAAUGGCAAAUAAGUUAGACAUGUCUUGGGUACACCUAUUCCGAAUGGGGAGUAGUAAUCCAUGAGUGUGCACGUGGUUGUAAACACUCUUGAAACUAUCAGCCGAGGAGUCUGUAGUCACCUCGGCUAGGAGAGCACUGCAAAUGAAUUCAACCCUUAAUGAGGAAGAGUAAAUUCCUGUUUGAUUUUUGUUUUCUUUGGUAUGCAGUUUUUCGGUUGUUGCCUCGCGGACCGUGGUGGUGAGGUUUUGGUAGUAUGCUUAUGUUGAUGUUGCUUGGCAUAUUUACUAUUCCUUAUUCCAUUACCAGGUCACCUCUUGUCUUCCUGCAGCUCAACGAGAAUAAUUCAACGUAUUGAAGUCUACCUUCGUAGGAUUUGCUCCUCAACCCUACCACCCACUUUGUUGCCCCUUCUCUUCAUUUAUUCGAAUAGACAUCUUUUCCAGAGUAAGAAUGCACUGACGUAACAAACUCCGAGCUUAAGUCGUGCGAAUGUUUUAUAGUGCUAGAAGUAAUUUUGGGGUGAUAGCACCAAGCCGUCCUCGUAAAAAAUGAAGAGUUGCAUUUGCUCUGACUGCAUCCGCAGUGUGGUUCGUGUUUGUGUUCAAGCAAACCUAAGUAAUGUGAUACACAGUCAAAUAGGUUGGAUCGCGUAAAUCCUCCCUUUACUCAUCUGAUCAUGAUGUUAUAACUAGGCGUCCACUUAUCUCGUUUUAUCCUUGUUAGUUUUAAAUCUUUGCUCGUUUCCAUUUCAUCACUUUUAUAGCUUUUUUGGCAUCUUGAUCCAGUGAACUGUUAUGUGACGUCCUACGUUUUUGUAUUUCAUUUCAGUUUUACAUUGUUAUUGGCUAUUCACAUUCCUCCAAGUGGUUAGUAACUGUUUAUAAUGGGCAAAAAACAGCAUCAGAAAGAUAAACUUUAUAUUACAUGUACAGAGUGGAGUACAUUGUAUGGUGGAAAACGUGCUACUGAGAGUGGUAGACAGUUUAAACGUCUUCCAUUUCACUGCUGCAGGCUGUUCAACGUUUGAAUUUAAAGGCGAAUAAUUUUCUUGACUUACUCAAUUCUGAAUCAUUUACAAAAGAUGAUGUCAUCACAAUACAAGAUCCUACACAACUGGAAAAGUUUAAUAUUUCCGCUUUUUAUCAUGUGAAAAAUAAAGAAGAACAGCAAAAUGAAGGCAAUGUAGUAGUUAUACGUUCGUUAAAUCAGGAAACCAAAGAAACUUUAGCUGAAUUGCCGAAAGAAAUCUCAGUACCAGACUAUAUGUAUUCAACUAGGAAAACUUCACUAGACACAGGAAAAAAGCGUGACGUUUUUAAUACAGCUACUUAUUCAACUGGUCGAGCAGCAGCUUCACUUACGUCAACUGUUAUGGAACCAGUAACAAAAAUUGAACCGGCAAUUCUCGAAGAUGAUGUAGUCCGAUACAAAUAUGUGAAAAAGAAAGGCUACGUCAGUUUGGUUACAUCACACGGAAAGUUAAACCUUGAGUUGCAUUGCGAUUUGGUCCCCAAAACGUGUGAAAAUUUUCUACGUCAUUGUUCUACAGGUUACUAUAAUGAUACAAGUUUUCAUAGAUUAAUUCGCUACUUCAUUGUUCAGGGAGGUGAUCCAACUGGCACUGGGUUUGGUGGUGAUUCAGCAUGGGGUGGAUCUUUUGCAGACGAGUUCGUCUCUAAUUUAAGUCAUGAUACACGUGGUGUUGUAUCUAUGGCUAAUUCUGGACCGAAUACUAAUCGAUCUCAGUUCUUUAUUACUUUCCGAAAGUGCAAGCAUUUGGAUCGUAAGCAUACUGUAUUCGGCAAGGUUGUUGGAGGUUUAGAUUUCUUGGGAAAAAUUGAAAUGAUGGAAACCGAUAAAGACGAUCGACCUUUGGAAGAUAUACAAAUCAUAAAUUGUGAAGUUUACGUCGAUCCAUUCAAGGAUGUUGAUGAAAUGUUAAGUAAAGAACGUGCUAAUUACAGUGAAGAAAUAAACAUCGAUAACGCUGAUAAAAACGUACAUCCGAAGCCAGGUAAUCGCCGGGAGGAGGAAGCUCUGGAAGCUGCUGAACGUGCUAAACGCAACAAACAAGAUGGAAUUGCAAAACAAGUGUAUCGAACAGGUGUUGGUAAAUUUAUUCAUGAUGUAGAUCAAUUUGACACUAAAGCUAUCACCAAUAAGCACGGCAAAGAUAUUGAUUCUAGUCUACAGAUGAUUGAAGAUGUUUUACGUAAGAAGCAGAAACUUUUAUUAAAGUCACAGUUAACUGACUUCUCUUCAUGGUGAUAUUAUUUUUCGACGGAUUUUUGUAUAUUAUCAAAGAUAUUUUUUCCUUACCAAA